AUGUCUGGAAAAGAGGCGGGCGUGCAAGCGAUAUUGAGGCAAAAGGAUAAAAAAGCUUUCUACUUCCACUGCUCUUCGCACAAGCUUAACCUUGUCGUGAACGACUUGAAAGUUAUCCCGGAAAUACGAAACAGCGAUGGAACUAUCAAGGAGAUAAUUAAAUUUUUCCGCGAGUCUGUUUUACGACGCAAACUUAUUGCAAACAUUCCUAAAUUGUCUGAAACUAGGUGGUCAGAGAAAUAUAAAAGCAUUCGUGUUUUUAAGGAUCACUUUGUCGAUUUAGUCGAUGCACUAAAGACAUUAGCUGAGGAUAGAAAUGGAGCAACAAGAAAAAGUGCACAUCAAAUGCACACAGCAGCAUGA